AUGGCGACCGCGGACCCGAUCCAAGUCACACUCAACUACGCGCUCGACCACGAAGCCCCAGGCUCCUUCGAGUUCCCGUUCGUCACCCUCGUCCACUCGGACGGGAGCCCGAACGGCAAGUCGCUCUACCUCCAGCCCGCGCAGACGCCGAUCCACGACCUCCGCACCGCGCCCGAGCAGCCGACGCUCGACAAGGCCGGUUUCGCGUGGGAAGCCGUUCCGUACGCGAACCUCCAAAACGGCGGCCCCGGGAAGUGGGAGGACGAGUACGCGGAGGCAAUGGCAGAGUGGAUGAAGGGGUACUCGCGUGCGAGGGCGUGCGUCCCGAUCAACUAUCAGAUCAGGCGACGGACCGACGGCGCGUCCGCGGGAAACAAUUACAAGGGCAUUGAUGUGCAGGACGGCAAGCAGCCCGUGUCCGCCGUGCACGUCGACAUCAACCGCGAGCGCGCGACGAAGCGUGUGCUCGACGCGUACAAGGACCGCAAUGCAGUCCCCGCGGAUUACAAAGACGGUAAUAGGGUCGCGAUCAUCAACGUCUGGCGGCCUCUGCGCGGUCCUGUCAUUGAUGCACCCCUGGCGAUGUGUGACGCGCGCUCGUGGAGGAAGGAAGACAUCAUCAGGACCACGGACCAGUACGGAGGUGGAUACUUCCUCCGUCUGAAUAAGAACAUGAAGUGGUUCUUUGUGCGGGACCAGAUGCCGGACGAGCUGCUCAUCUUCAGGCAAUAUGACAGCUCUCUAGUUCCUGAAGAGGGGAAUAUGCACUGCGGAGCGCACACAGCAUUUAUUGACAAGGAGCGGGAACAUUUGGGCUUGCCCCGCGAGAGCAUUGAGGUCCGCCUCGCUCUUAUUUACUAA